UUCUGAGCCCUUUCACCUAGCAUCAAGUUUAACGCAUUUUCAUUUCAAAGUUCGUCCUAAGCGUGGAGUAAAGGCUGCGGAGCAAUCGGGGGACCUCCUUUCAACUUAGGGCACUCCAACAAUCCUUAUCACUGGACCCAUUCAGAACGCCUCCUGAGUACUAGCGAUCAUUCAAUGGCUGCCUGGGAUUGCGACGCCACGCCCACACGUCCACGUCUCAGAUGAAAAACAGAACUGAUGCUGUGUUUUUGGAGUCAAGCAGAGUCAAGCUGCCUCUUCUUCAUUGGUUCUUCACCGUCAAGUAGAAAGUCGUCUUUCGCCAGAGUUCAUUAUUAGUUGGAUGAAUGCUUCCUGGAGUGAUCUGCAGAAGCCCCUGGACUGGUGGUAUGGCGUAAGUAGGUGGGACAGCUAACAAUCAUGGCGCAGGCUGCGCAGCUAGAGAUUUAAUUGAAGGACUAGGACUAGUCCUUGUUGAGUCCUUGCUGGGGAUGCGUUGUGUAUUCAUUUUGAUCGUAGAAGCGCCGUGCGGAUCCUCCUCGACCAAAAUAACAACCCUGAUGCUAGUGAGGAGUACCCACUGCCCAGGUCCGAUAUGCGCUAGAAGUGGGGAUAGGAGUGCACCUCUCCGUGGAGGUAUUAGGGAGUGAAGAACGUAGAGCAUGACUUCACAUUUCACUGGUGCGUUAAGUAGAGCACGGAUUACCAUGUUGGCCGCCGCGAACAAGAUCCCCGCAUCGUUUGCUAUUCACAUUUUGUUUUUUGGUGCCUUCAAAACCCGUCCUUGGACUGCAGUUACCCUCGAGAUUCAGUGCUUCAGCGCUCAUGGCAUUGUACGACGCACAGCUCAAUACGUGCUAUACUAUCUGGAUGAUUCUGUGGGGAAAGAACAGCAUUCUGGCCAAGGGAGAAGGGCCGAUAUUCACAAGUGCCGUGCAAUGGUCCAAGGUUUAGGUCGUCUACGUCGGAAUCCCCUUCCCCGCGUCCUUUUCUUCAAAGAACUCCAUCAGCCGUCAAUUGUCGGUAACCCGCUGUUGUCAAAAAUUGCCUAA